AUGAUUCUUCAAGAGCAACGACGACUCCGAUUGUGGUUGUACAAAAGUUCAUUAUUCAUAUCAGUUCUGUUUUUGAUUGGUUUUUCCAUUGUACUUCCUGUAGACUCAAUCGUCCAAGCUAUACAAUCAGAAAAUAAUGGAUUCAAUACGAUCAUCGUUAUUGGGUCUUUAGCAGUAUUCUUUGUGGCCGCUGUCACUAUUCUAAUCGGAAGGAUGCUUUUACAUAAAAGCUGUUUGAAGGAUAUUCCAAGGCGUUAUAUUCCAGUUACGAAUGCCGAUCUCCCGCAUAAAUCCAGUAGAAAAAUGGUUAUACACAAUAUGGAAAGAUCAAAAAAAUUAUCCGGACUUUUCAAGACGCCUAAGGAUCCGGUAAUCCAUCCGGGUCUUGAACCUCCAGCCAGAUGCGACGAUCCAAAUACCCCAAAAAUUCUACCAGAAUAUUUAAAUUAUAAGAUUUGCAUAAAAAGUGCAACAGAUAGACUCAAAUAUUAUGGCCUUUUUCUAAACAGCGCAUCUGAUGAUGUGAAAAGCUCACAAACAUUUACUGAUCUCGUGAAGUCACAGUUUAUCAAGGGAAACCAUAAUAAGAGACAAGUGCAAAGAGCAAAAGACUUCAUAGAACUUUAUGAGCGAAUAAGAUUUUCAGGUGAUGAGGUUUCUAGAAGUGAAUUCAUACAGUUUGCGGAAAAUUGUAUUUAUUUCAGCGAUUUGAUGAUAACAAUGGAUAUUACCAAAGUUGGUUUAGGAAAUAUUAGCACCAGAUCUCAAUUAUCAUUUAAUAUCGCAGGUAGUUCUGUUGACAGAAAGUUACGUAAACUCAACACUGCCAGGUCCAAUCAGAUAUCAAGACUAUCUUCCGGUCAAUAUCCUGAUAUUACAGCCUUCAGAUACGAUACAUCCAACUCAGACUACCACAGGCAGGAAACCGACGAAGAUGACUUUGCACUAGAUGAUAUGGAUUACUUUCCCUCUGUUCCACCUUACAUGAUCAGAAGAAACAGUACAAAUACGGUUUCAAUGAGGAUACCAACAAGUAAUAGCGACGACCAGUAUAAUUUGGGAUUCAAUGAAAUAGGCGAUGAAGACAUACAGAACAAUGACCAAAUAAGAAGAUAUAUGUCUAACACCUCUAAAACAGACAGUUUUAAAACAGUUAUUCAUAACGGAUAA